UUAUGAAGUUUCCCUUGUAAUUAAUUCUUCGUUUUUCUCUUGCUGCCUUUCAAAUCCUCUCCUUAUCUUUAACUUUUGCCAUUUUUAUUAUAAUAUGUCUUGGUGCAGGUCUGUUUGUGUUCAAUUUAUUUGGGGCCUUCUGUGCUUCCUGUAUCUGGAUAUCUGUUUCCUUCUUUAGAUUGUACAGUUUUUAGCCAUAAUUUCUUCAAGUAUAUUUUCAAUCCCCUUUCCUUUUCUUCUCCUUCUGCAAUCCCUAUUAUGCAUGGAUUGGCACAGUUUAUAUAACCCCUAGGCCUCUUAUAUUGCUUUCAGUUUUUUUUUCAUUUGGCUUUCUGUCUGCUGUCCUGAUUGGGUGACUUCCAUUAUUCUAUCUUCCAAGUCAAUUAUUAAUUCCUCUGCAUUAUUUAUUCUGCUGUCUAAUGAAUGUCUCAGCUUUUGUCUCAGCAAAUGAAUUUCCUAAUUCUUCCUGGCUCCUCCUUAUAGUUUCUAGUUCCUCUUUAUAGUAAUCUGCAUUAAAGUUGAUAUCUGUUAUAAUUCCUUCAGUAUUUUCAUUACCUUCCUUUUGAACUUUGUGUCUCUUAGACUGCAGAGGUCUUUUUCAUUGUUUGCUCCUUCAGUGGAAAUCUCCUGUUCUUUUAACUGGGAAUGGUUCCUAUGCUUCUUCAUUUUACUUAAUUUUUCUUACCCUGUGAGUUUAGGCAAAACAAUUAUAUACUAUAGUCUUGAGGGCUAUUUAUAUUUGAGAGACUACCUGGAAGCUUGUGAGAGCUGACUAGUUUUUGGCUUGAGGGUUGCUUUUGGUUUGGAUACUUGCUGUCUCUGUACUUGGUAUGUGUAGGCCAUUACCCCUUUGAUAGGGUGUGUGAAAGCAUAUGGCCUACACAAACUUCCAGGGAGGUGGAAGCAAUGGGUGGUGCCUGCAGGUGGCACCUGGUGGCCAAGUCCUUGGUAGUGGUGGGGUCCCACAGGGAGGUGGGGGUGGCAUGCUGCUACUGACUGCAGGGCCUUCAGCAGUGGCAGUGACCCUCAGGAGAUGGGGGUGGCUCCCAGAGCCCUUAGCAGUGGCAACAAUGGAGAGUGUUCAUUCUUAGGGAGAUGAAGGCAAUAAGUGAUGCCUGGUUGCAGGUCCCUCUGCAGCAGCAACCCCUGAGCUAACUGGGGCUAUAGGCAGUGCCUGGUCAUGGAACCCUCAGUGGUGUCAGGCUAUGCCCAUCUCAGGAACCCGAGCUGGCUGUGGCAGUUUGCACCUGCCCCCAUAGCCCAUGCAAGAGGUGUCCAGACACCAAGAGCCCCAUGUGCACAGGGGAAGAAUAUCCUAUGGUGGUCCACCCCCCUUGUCUCUCACUCCCAAACAGUGGGAUGCCUUGCUUCUCUGGCAGGCCUAGGCCCCAUCCCUCAUUCCCUCAGCUUGGUGCAUGGUUUCCUGUUCCCCUCAGUCUGUUUCUGCACAGCCAACCCUAGUCCUCUUCCUGGAACUGACCUCCAAAUCCCAGCCCCUGAACAAGUGCCUCAGGCUGUGGUGUGUGAGGUGGUGGUAUGGAAAGUCUGUGCAGAUCUCUGCUUUGCCCUCCCAAUACUGGCUGCUGCAGUUUUCUCUGAGGCUUUGAGGCUCCACCUCCAUCAGCUGUCAGAAGAAAACAGAUGUACGUCUUCGAAUGCAGUGUCCUGCACCAAGUGCCUUGCACUGGGUCCAGAAUGUGGAUGGUGUGCUCAAGAGGAUUUCAUUUCAGGUGGAUCAAGGAAUGAACGCUGUGAUAUUGUUUCCAAUUUAAUAAACAAAGGCUGCUCAGUUAAUUUGAUAGAAUACCCAUCUGUGCAUGUAAUACCAAGUGAAAAUGAAAAGAAUACCCAGGUGACACCGGGAGAAGUGCUGAUCCAACUGCGUGAAGGUGCUAAAGCCAAUUUUAUGCUGAAAAUCCAUCCUCUGAAGAAAUAUCCUGUGGAUCUUUAUUAUCUGGUUGAUGUCUCAGCAUCAAUGCAUAAUAACAUUGAAAAAUUAAAUACAGUUGGAAAUGAUUUAUCUAGAAAAAUGGCAUUUUUCUCCCGUGACUUCCGCCUUGGAUUUGGCUCAUAUGUUGAUAAAACAGUUUCACCAUAUAUUAGUAUCCAUCCAGAAAGAAUUCAUAAUCAAUGCAGUGACUACAACUUGGACUGUAUGCCUCCCCACGGCUAUAUUCAUGUGCUGUCUUUGACGGAGAAUAUCACUGAGUUUGAAAAAGCAGUUCACAGACAGAAGAUUUCUGGAAAUAUAGAUACACCUGAAGGAGGUUUUGAUGCUAUGCUUCAGGCAGCUGUCUGUGAGAGUCAUAUUGGAUGGCGAAAAGAAGCUAAAAGACUGCUGCUGGUGAUGACAGAUCAGACAUCUCAUCUUGCUCUUGACAGCAAAUUGGCUGGCAUAGUGGUGCCAAAUGACGGAAACUGCCAUCUGAAAAACAACGUCUACAUCAGAUCAACAAGCAUGGAACAUCCCUCCCUAGGCCAACUUUCAGAAAAAUUAAUAGACAACAACAUUAAUGUCAUCUUUGCUGUUCAAGGAAAACAGUUUCAUUGGUAUAAGGAUCUUCUACCCCUCCUGCCUGGCACCAUUGCUGGUGAAAUAGAAUCAAAGGCUGCAAACCUCAAUAAUUUGGUAGUAGAAGCCUAUCAGAAACUAAUUUCAGAAGUGAAAGUUCAGGUGGAAAACCAGGUAAAAGGCAUCUAUUUUAAUAUUACUGCCAUCUGUCCAGAUGGGACCAGGAAGCCAGGCACAGACGGAUGCAGAAAUGUGACAAGCAAUGACGAAGUUCUUUUCAAUGUAACAGUUACAAUGGAAAAAUGUGAUGUCACGGGAGGAAAAAGCUAUGCAAUAAUCAAACCUAUUGGUUUCAAUGAAACCACUAAAAUUCAUAUACACAGAAACUGCAGCUGUCAAUGUGAUGACAGCAGAGAACUUAAAAGAAAGUGUGUAGAAGAAACUUUUCUGGAUGCCAAGUGUUCCCAGUGUGAUGAGAAUAAAUGUCAUUUUGAUGAAGAUCAAUUUCCUUCUGAAAGUUGCAAGUCACACAAGGAUCAACCUGUUUGCAGUGGUAGAGGAGUUUGUAUUUGUGGGAAAUGUUUAUGUCACAAAAUUAAGCUUGGAAAAGUGUAUGGAAAAUACUGUGAAAAGGAUGACUUUUCUUGUCCAUAUCACCAUGGAAAUCUGUGUGCUGGGCAUGGAGAGUGUGAAGCAGGCAAAUGCCAGUGCUUCAGGGGCUGGGAAGGGGAUCGGUGCCAGUGCCCAUCAGCAUCGACCCAGCACUGCGUCAAUCCAAAGGGCCAAGUGUGUAGUGGAAGAGGCACAUGUGUAUGUGGCAGGUGUGAAUGCACCGAUCCCAGAAGCAUUGGCCGUUUCUGUGAACAUUGUCCCACAUGUCACACAGCCUGCAAUGAAAACUGGAAUUGUGUGCAAUGCCUUCACCCUCACAAUCUGUCUCAAGCUAUACUUGAUCAGUGUAAAACCUCAUGUGCUCUCAAGGAACAGCAUUAUGCGGACCAAAUGUCAGAAUGUUUCUCUAGCCCGAGCUAUUUGAGAAUAUUUUUCAUCAUCUUCAUAGUUACAUUCUUGAUUGGGUUGCUUAAAGUCCUUAUCAUUAGACAGGUUAUACUACAAUGGAAUAGUAAUAAAAUUAAGUCCUCGGCAGAUUACAGGGUAUCAGCCUCAAAAAAGGACAAGUCAAUUCUACAAAGUGUUUGCACAAGAGCGGUCACCUACCGACGUGAGAAACCUGAAGAAAUAAAAAUGGAUAUUAGCAAAUUAAAUGCUCAUGAAACUUUCAGGUGCAACUUUUAAAAAGAUAAAAAAAAUGUACUUUAUGGGAAACUGGAUUUUUAAUAAUUGCUCCUACAAAUUUUUUGAGAAGUCACAGAGGAGACAAAUUUUCCAGAUCAUGCCAGUUGCUAGUAUUUCACUCGAUUGAAGACUGACAAGCAUCCUCAUCAUCAUGUGACUCACACUGCUGCUGAAUUUUUCAGAGAAAAAUGUGUCUUACUACUGUUUGAUACUAGUGUCAUUGUAGCACUUUACUGUAAUAUAUAACUUAUUUAGAUCAGCAUAGAAUGUAGAUCAUCUGAAGAGCACUGAUUACACUUUACAGGUACCUGCCAUUCCUACACUUCUCAGAGGGACAAUGCUGUGAGAUAGUUUUGGCAUUGUGUCACUACAAGGGUACAGUAAUCCCUGCACCAAAUAUGCAGAUGGAAAAAAUAAUAAGGCAGUCAUACUAAUGUUGCCAAAUACUUCAACAAUUGGCAAUGAAUAAAUAAGAACAGCUAGAUGAAUAAAUGGUUAGUUUUUACUCAUUCAAGAGGAACAGAUAAUACCUUAAUCUUGAGGGAUACUGCUUUUCAAAGUGUAGUUUUAUGCAUGUGUGUUUGUUUCCUUCUUUUUAUAAGAUGGAUACUAAUUCCAACGUUCUUUCCUCUUUGCCUUUAUAUUUUGGUUUUCUUUCUUAUAAGAUAGGUUUAUAUAUGUCACAGAUGACUGGAUUAAAUAAGUGCUAAGUUACUACUGCCAUAAAAACCUAAUAAUACAAUGUCACUUUAUCAGAAUACUGAUUUUAAAAGCUGAAUGUUCAAUAAGGGAAACAGUCAACUAACAUCAAAAUCUGAAUAAUUUUGUUGCUUGCAUGUGUGGAGUUUUACAUCUUCUUACCUUGUAAACUGGAUGGUUUUCAUCAUUUCCUGUAUCUAAACAUCAGGUUGAAAUUCCCAAGAUAUUAAGAAACUCUGCCUAAAGCAAGUGCCACACUUUCAAAUGUGUUUUCUCCAAUAUUUACUCAAAGUAGAGAAUAGCAUUUUUCAAAUUAAAAGCAAUAUUAAGCUAUAUUAUUUUUGCCCUUUGAUGCAGUAUAAAAACAUUCUUUUCCUGAAUCACCACAAUUCCACCCACCAGAAUUCUAAAAGUGUACAAUUGGAGGCAGCUAGACAAUAUUUUAGAAAUAAGCUAAUUCACCCUGUCAGUCAGUCAGGGAAUAGAGGCUCAGAAAGUUUAAAUGAUUUGUUAAAAACCCCCAAGUGACUAAGUGACAGGAAAGAGAACUAUUUUCUUAUCAUCAGGCCAGUGUUCGACUACCUCUUGAAUCUUUAAACUUUUCAAUUGGCAAGUAUUUUAAAAUGUGAUUUACUGAAGUUUUAAGUAUAUGGCCAUGAGAAAAUUUCAAGGCAAAGCAGAAAAAAGUAAUUCAAAGAAAAUUGUCCAUGGUUGCUUCUAGUUUUUCUGCUAAUUAGCUUCUAAGAGACUUCAUCAUGGCCUAACUAGAGGGAAGUCCAUUCACACCAUAAUCUGUGUGAAUGGCGCCCCCUGGAGUUGUGAAGUGCUCAGUGCUCAGCCUGAAAGCUUGAUAUAGAGGCCAUGAACUUUCAUCUUCCCCAAUGGGAACUUCAUUACAAUUACCAUAUCCUGCAGACUUAUUCAGCCUGAUUUUAUUGGCUAAAAGUCCAACAGUCCUGUGUGCAGUACGGAUCUUUGCCUAUGACAACAAAGGAAUUUAUUUAAAAUGUUUUCUUAGAACUAACUUCCCAGAUUUUCUGUCUUCCAGGACUUGAGUUAAUCAAAGUGCCAGGUAUUUGCAUUUAGACAAAAACUAAAUCCCACUGCAUAUUCUACACUAAAGAGGAUUUAAAAACAUAUGAUAAGUUGUUCUGGAGCCAACAAACACGGUAAUUCCAUCCACUGUCCCCUGCAGCCAAGCACUUACGAUGCCAGGUUGGACUGGAGUUCCUUCCCCAAAUGAGAGAUUAGGGGCAUUGACAUAAUUCAGUACUGUGACUCACUUAUGUAAAAAUACCUUUGAUCACAAAGGAUAAUGUAAAAAUUGUAUUUAGCUUUCUAUUUGUCACAUGUAGCAUCCUUUUUAGAAGAGAAAAUAAAUGGAUACCUGACAACCCCCAAAAAGGAAAAAGUGGAAAAUAUCCAUUGAAAUGCUGAAAAUUUUAAAAAUGAACAUUACAAUGUUCAUAAGCUAAUUUCCAUGCGGGAUGAAUUUUCCAAAAUCACAUAAUAAAACAGAACUUUAAAGGGAUAUAUAUUUUCACUCUAUCAUUAGUCUGCACUAAUUUAUAAUGGAUAAAGUUUCUUACCACAGGAAGGGACAAAUUUCCUGGUAGGCAGAUCAAUGCUAGAUGAUGACUGUAGUUAUGUUUGUGAUGUCUUGUGUUUUCUAUCUUUACUUAAAGAUCUAAUUCUUAAAGAUUUUAGAGUUUAUAUUUACUUGAAUAAUUGAUAUUUUCCUUGUGAAAAGAGAAUUUAUAUAUGAAUAGUUAGAAUUAAUUAAAAGUUAAAGGAAAACAGGGUAGUCUUAGAUUAAGUAAUUUAUGUAAAUAAAGCCUAUUUUUAACUAAUAUGACCACAAGAGCCAUUUGAGAUUCACUGAUAUUAAACACAAGUAAUGAAAUUUUAAAUGGUCAACAAAGUUAUUAAGAACUUGAACAACACUUUCGGUACGACAGCAUUUCUGUGCUCUAAAGUAUGUCAUGAUUUAGAAAUGUGGCAUACAAACACUACAACAUAACUGUAUGCAUUUUACUUCUCUGGGGAUAUCUUUACACUGCAGUGUACAUGGAUUUAUAAGCACUUGAUAUAUUUUUUGGAAAUUCAUUAAUAUUUAUGAAGUUACAGACAUUCUCUGAAAGACUCAAAAAUUUACUAAAACUCUGAUUAUGCCCUAAAUGUUCAAUUUACCUUUGGUUAAACAGAAGAUAUUUCUCUGGAGGCAAAUUUUUCAAAACUUAAAAAUUAGUGGAUGCAUCAGAUACAACAAUUCACUAAAGAAUAAAUUCCAAAUAUUUUAAACAUAUACUUAAUCUCCAUUGAAGAUAUCCUUAUGUAUGACAGCAGGCAUCCAUAAAAUGAUAAAAUAUGAUUAUGAUAUACUGAUAAAUUUUUCCCCAUAGAAUUAUAUUCCUCUCGUAUCUGGUAUAGUAAGUUUGACUCAAUGACUAUUCCUUCCUUUCCUUACUCCUGCUAUUUUUUCCACUCACUUUUCCUAAGAGAUUGCCCCAAACUUCAAGCUCAAUAGACCUAAUUGUGAAAAAUAACUGGAUGAAAUGGUAUAAUAAAGUUCUUCAUUUCCAGACAUCUCAAUGAUUUAAAAAUUUAUUUGAAUCUAUGAUCCUGAACAAAGACCCAUUAAAAACUAAGAAUGUUAAGUUUUCAUAACUAUUCAAGCUUUUUUCAAUUUUAAAGAGUUGAGGUCUAUAUAUUUUAAUAAAAGUAUCAAGUGAAGUACUGCUACUUGGGAGUUCAGUAAUCUGCAUAUUAUAUUUUUUUUACUCUUAACAUUUAAUUUACAACUAUCCUUACUUAUAUUGACCUUAAGAACUCCAUUUCAUGCAAUGCAAACUGAGAUACAUUUUCAAAGAAAUAUAGAACUAGCAUUCUUUCAAGUCAUUCUCUUUUCUCUAAUAAUUCCUCAAUGGCAAAUUUAUUAUGGGUAACUGACUAUACAUGUUCAUAUUUCAUUGAUUCUAAGACAUUCACUUUUUAAAUUUAACACCUCUAAAACUGUGAUGUAUCUUCUUAGAUGCAGUGUUUAAAGUUGUGCUUAAAUAAAUAUUACACUAAUUUAUUUUCAACUAAAUGUUCAUGGGUAUAGGGACAUUCAUUUUCAUAUAAGUAUUUAAGAAUACACUCAUGAUAACAUGUGAAGUGAGUUUUCAGUACAUCUGAAUGACAUACAACUAACUUGACAUGGAGCCUAUUUGUCCAAUUAUGACCUCAGAUCCUGUAAACCAGUUUCAGCCUCCUAGUUAUGCUUAUGCUAGUGGCUACAAUUUUAACAAACGCUAAAUUAAAUGACAAGAAUGAGUGAGUUUCUUCCAGUUUUAACAAAUUUUUAUUCUUUCUAUUACUUUCUAAAGGAUACUUUCAUAUAAUCAUCUCACUUUUAUGCAGGAUUAACUGGAAAAAUAUUACAUAAAACUAUCACAAUUAGAUUUAGAUUUUGCAGCAUCUUGUAUGUCUUAUGUCAAUGACAAGAGAAAAAUAGGAUACAACCAAUAUUGUAGGAAAACUUUCCCUUCAAGUCCUCUUACAUUUUUAUUCUUCUUUAUCAUUUCCCUUGUGGGUAUUUUUUUUUUUUGCUUUAAUAAAUUCACCUUCAAGCUCAUGUAAUGACUGUCAUAAAACUGCAUAUUUAAAUUAUUUGACUUAUAUGAAACACUGUUCAGCUCUCUGGGCAGCUGUUGAUGAAAUACUUGAGAGUAAUAGCACUACUCUUUAAUCUACCUGGAUUACUUUCCCACAUAAAAUUUACCUUUGUAAGCUAAUUCUAUUAAUCAGGUUUCUAACCUCCAUAAUAUAAUUCAGUUAAAAUCAUCUAACCCAAUAGUAAUAAUUUAAAAAAUCACCCAAAACACUGCAGUCAUCAAAGACGGAAAAUGUGUGAUUUGUGUAAAGAAUUUUCACUAAUUUUAUAUUGUACUAUAGAUAAAUGUGAUUUUGAUAAGAAUUCCACACGAUAACAACUGUGGCACAUAGAUUUUAUUAAGAAUAUAGAAUAAAAAUAUUUUAAUUCUAAAUUAUAAGAAAAUAUAUUUGCACAUUAAUAUAGAAAUUCAUUUUGUGUAUAUUUAACAUAACUUUAAAACUAUUUUACAUUAUAAAAUUCAUUUGUGUAUAUUUAACAAAACUUUAAAACUAGCUACUUCAUUAAAGUUUUUUAAACCUCUGCAAAAAAGUUAGAAAUGUUUUAAAAUUAUCAGUAAUAUAACCUAUGUGUUUCAUUUCACAAGUCCUGCCUUUAUAAAAAAAAUUUAAUAUAGAGUGUAUUUUUAAAUUAAAAUAUUUGAGUAUAAAAUAGUUCUAAGAAAGAAAUUCUCAUUAAACAAGUUUCUUAUUUCUGGCUUUGAAUUAUAUAUAAAUUAAAGUUGCCUUAAGUGACACAGAAGAUUGGGAUAUAUGAUAAUUUCAUGAAAUAUACUAUGAAUCUGUUCAUAUAAUUCUGACUGACUACUAACUUUGGUUUAUGUAUUUAUUAAAGAGCUGACACUGUAGUUUGUUGUGAGAUGUUUAUUUUUCUAACAGAGCUUAUAAUAGUUAUGACAAGGCAUUUAAUUAAUGCAUCAUUCUGUUUAAUAGUAGGAGUUAACCGAUAUGAAAUUUUGUUUUAAAAUAAAAAUGUAAAGAUCAAGAAUGCAAA